AUGUGGCGAUCACGGGUAUCAUUGAGGAACCUGAAUCCGAAAAGCGGAGCGGUUGUUGCUCGGCGGAGAUGGAUGAGUACGGUGAUGAGUUUCGGAGAUGGAAGCCAUGGAGCUUUAGGAUUGUCAGUAACCAGUGUUGGUAUGGGAGUAGACGCAUACGAACCUACCCCAAUUCCUUCUUUACCUUCUGGUAUUCUUAGCGUCCAUGCUGGUCACUACCACUCUCUUGCAAUCACUUUUGAACACCAUCUUUGGGCUUGGGGAAGAAACAACGAAGCACAACUCGGUCGUGGAUUUUCCGCAAGGGAAACAUGGAAUGAGCCUAAGAGAGUAGAGGGACUAGAGAAUGUGAAGGUGUGUAAUGCUUUUGCAUCUGGAGUUGUUUCUUCUGCGGUUGGAGAAGAUGGUUCUGUUUGGGUGUGGGGGAAAUCCAAACGUGGACAGCUUGGCCUUGGGAAAGAUAUAAUUGAAGCUGUUGUGCCUUCCAGAGUUGAAGCACUUUCUGGAGAAAACAUAAAAAAGGUCUCAUUUGGUUGGGGGCAUGCUCUUGCAUUAACUGUGGAUGGAAAGUUGUUUGGGUGGGGCUAUUAUGCGGAUGGAAGGAUAGGGAAUAUGGGGAAUGGUCACUUGGAGUCGUCUCCAUUAGAUUCCUCUGCAACCGCGUUUUCAGACAAAACACAAAUCACGAAUUCAGACAUAGAAGUUGCUGAAAAGAAAGUCUUGCAAGGAAUGGAGGAGGAGAAUAACAUGCCAAUAAUAUGGGAACCUCACUUGGUGGAAGAGUUGCGUAAUGUUCAAGUUGUCGAUAUUGCAUGUGGCCUUGAUCACUCUUUAGUUCUUUGCCGUGAUGGUGCUCUCUUGAGUUGUGGGAGUAACGUGUAUGGCCAAUUGGGGAGAGCUGCAAAAGAUUUGGGAUUCUUUCCUGUUGAGAUAAAUCUUACUCCCAUUUCUAUAGCAGCAGGGUUUGGUCAUUCUUUGGCAAUAUGCCAGCUCGAUGAAUCAGAUGGUAGUGACACUGUGGGGACAACAAACAUUGCUUCAUGGGGUUGGAACCAGAGUUCUCAGCUUGGAAGGCCAGGGCCUGCCAACCUUCCUGCCUUGACUCAUGCGUUGGCUGGAGAGAAUCCUGUGUCGGUUUCAGCAGGGCGUGCACAUACAGUUGCUCUCACGUCUAAAGGAGAAAUGUGGGUCUGGGGCUCUGGUAAAAAUGGUAGACUCGGACUGUCGAGUUCUGUUGAUGAAGUUGAGCCGUUUUACCUUGAUUCCUUAGAAGGUUUUCAAAUUUUGCAGGCCGUGUCUGGGUUUGAUCAUAAUCUGGUUCUUGUUGCUGGUUGA